AUGACCAUCAAGCGCAUUACGCGUGAAAUAGCUGACCUGAAGAAGGAAGACCUCGGUCCGAUUGUACUGGAACCCAGCGACGACCUCAGUAUAUGGAGGGGAAUCCCGUCUAUUGCCACACAAUACGUGCGAAAUCGGAAAGAACACGACGCCACCGCCCGCCAGUGGACUCACAGCUUUGCAUAUCCCAAACCUCCAAUUCCGAUAGUUCAGCCACAGACCAGUAAGGCCAAAGGGAAGAGGCGAGCAGAUGACUCCCCUCAGGUUAUUAUUGGCAAUUCUGGUUCUGCGUCAAGGCCAUCACGGUCAGCUACAAGCGCAGCGACGACUGGUGCUUCGACUACUGAAAUUAUAGAGCUCGAUUCCGACUCGGAAAUCGAGGCGAUCACGAGAUCCGAUCCCAAAGGGAAAAAGAGAAAACGUCCUUCGGGAACAGGGCCAGUGAAUGCAGAGGAAGUGGUGGAUGUAUCAGAUGAUGAGGAUGGUGUUGGUGCUGGUGCAUCAUCAAAAAGGACUCGCACGCGGAAUCCACCCAGUACAACAGAUAGGGGCACAACACAUGGUGAGGUAAUUGUUAUUGAAGAUGAUUGA